AUGCCACAACACCCACCACUGCAUCCUCAAGUGAACCCACCAGAAGCACAGUCAGACAUGUUGAACCACUUUAUGACUGAAAAAAGGUCUUCGAUAAAGAGUUUGGAGAUACAAAUUGGUCAAUUGGAAAAGUUAAUGUCUAACCGGGCUCAAGGGAAUUUACCAAGCUCCACUGAGGUAAACCCAAAAGAACAAUGCAAUGCAAUAUCUUUGAGGAGUGGUAAGAAGUUGGAAGAGCCAAGUAAGAAGCCUAUUCAGUUACCAAAAGUGGUCGAUGAGAAAAAGGGUAAAAUUAUAGAAGAGGUUAAUGAAAACUUUGAGAAAAAGGAGCCAAAAACAAGUAUAGAGCAUCACAUUAAGAUUCCAUAUCCUCAGAGGUUUCAAAAGAAGACAUUAGACAAGCAAUUUUCUAAGUUUUUAGAUGUCUUUCGAAAGCUUCACAUCAACAUUUAUUUUGCCAAAGCACUUGAACAAAUGAAAAGUUAUGUUAAAUUUAUGAAGGAGAUCCUAUCAAAGAAAAGGGAAUUUGAGGAUUAUGAGAUGGUUUCACUUAUUGAGGACUGCAGUGCGAUACUUCAAAAGAAGCUACCUCCCAAGCUUAAAGAUCCCGGUAGUUUCAAUAUUCCAUGCUCUAUAGGGGGUUCAGUAGAAACCAAAGCUUUAUGUGAUUUGGGGGUUAGUAUAAAUUUAACGCCUCUAUCUAUUUUUAGAAAGUUAAAAUUGGGAAAGGCUCGACCAACUACCGUGUCUUUGCAAAUGGCAGAUCGCUCUAUAAAGCAUUCUAGGGGUAUUAUUGAGGAUGUUCUAGUAAAGGUGGACAAAUUCAUUUUCCCUAUAGAUUUUAUUAUUCUUGAUAUGGAGGAAGAUGAAAAUAUUUCCAUUAUUCUUGGAAGGGCAUUUUUAGCAACUGGUAGGGCCUUAAUAGCUGUGCAAAAAGGAGAGUUGAAGUUGCGAGUGCAAAAAGAAGGGGUAACAUUUAAAGUUUUUGCAGCAAUGGAGGUUCCAAAUUGUUGUAGAGUUGAUGUGGUGGAAAAUGAGGGUGAUAAGAUGGAAGUUAUUAAGAAGAAAACUAUGGUGAAAGGUGGAAAAUGA